CAAAAUCGCAACCUGCGCCUGCUACAAAUAUGUUAAACAAACACACAAUUAAAUGAUGGCUGCUGCUGCUAGCCCACAUUGUCACCUCUGGCUCCACCCUCUUCGUCCUGGGCAGCAUCAAUGCAAUGACCGCUCCCCGCCGGGCUAUCCUCGCCUCCCUCCUCUUCAUCCUCAACAUCUGCUACAUCUGGCACAAACUGCCCACCAAGCCCAACCACACACUUGAACAUCGACAAUCGCAGCUCUGGCAUCAGCUCUCUCCUCUCAUGACCCAACAUGCCCCCAACUGCCCACCACCCAUCCUCCACGGCACCGCCGGCACCCACCGAUUCGACGCCGCCAACCCCAUCCCUCGCGAGAACUUCAUUAUCAACAGGGAAGCGAUUCUGCGCCCAAUGCAGACUGCACACGACGGCUUCGUCCACGCCAUCCACCACACCAAGUUCGAAUCCGCAUACAACCCCGCGACAAGAGGCAUCGUUACCGCAGCCGGAGGCACUUACCUCCCCACCUUCAUGGUGACGCUCAAGCUCCUCCGCCGCACCGGCUCCACUCUCCCCAUCGAGGUCUUCAUGAAGGAUCCUACGGAGUACGAGGCUACCGUGUGCGAGACCAUCCUGCCUUCGCUGGGAGCGAAAUGCCUUCUCCUCUCCGACCUCGCACCAGGUCUGGACUUCGAGCGCAUCGCCGGCUUCCAACUCAAGGCUCUGGCUAUACUCUUCUCCUCGUUCGAGGAUGUGCUCUGGCUGGACGCGGAUUGCGUCCCGCUGCAUGAUCCCACUCCGCUGCUUAGUUCUGAGCCUUUCACGACCAAAGGGCUUGUGAGCUGGCCCGAUUUCUGGGCUGAUACCGCUAGUCCGCUGUAUUUUGAUGUCUCUCGGCAGGAGGAAUCAGACGUGACGGCAAGAGCAGCCAGCGAGGCGGGUAUGCUCCUCCUUUCGAAGAGGUCGCACCUCGGCAUGCUGCUGCUGGCUGUGUACUAUAACGUUUACGGGCCGGAGUUCUACUACCCCCUCCUCAGCCAGGGUGCCCCAGGCGCGGGGGAUAAGGAUACCUUCCUCCGUGCUGCGGCCGCCAUAGAUGCGGACUUCUACGCGGUGGGUGCGCCCCCGGUGGACCUGGGCCGGAUGAAUACGGGUGGGAAGUCGACGGUGGCCCUCAAUUCGGGGUUCAUUCAGGCAGACCCCAUACAGGAUUAUGCGAGGGUCCGUUCGGGCGCAGAGAAUGGUACUGCUCCGCGGGCGUUUUUCAUUCACGCGGGCAAUCCUGAGUUCAACCCGGGAAAGGAGCUGCUGGGGAGAAAGCUGAAGGGGUUAGAUGGACGGCCGGCCAGGUUGUGGACGUAUCCGCCUGAGGCGUUGGCUCGAGUGGGCUUUGAUGCGGAGAGGGUUUUCUGGAAGGAGACGGUUGCCGUGGCUUGCGAGAUGGAGGAGGUAUUCGGGUCGUGGGAGGGAAAACAGGGGUUGUGCGAGAAGGUACGGGCGCAUGUCACGGAUGUUUUCGCAGAUAAGGCGGGUGAUUCGGGAUCUUGAUUGGUUUAGCCUUUUCGAUCAUUUGGUAUUUUUGAUUUUGGGUUGGCUUUUUGCAUGGAAACAGUCGGCGGCGUCUCAAGCAUUGGUUUCACGAAUCCUAGGCCAUCCACAUGUAUUUCGGUGAACUAGUGAGAAAGAAGCAAGGCUAGUUCACCACAAGGCCUAAUUAUAUCAACGCCUGUUUGCUAGCGGCGCUUAUUGGCUCGUGGAACGCUUGUUGAGACCCUAUGCCAUGUAUAUUAGUCCUUCUCGUGGCAUUGGCAGAGAACAGCAGGGGUAGGUCUAGCGUCAGUACUGCG